UCAGUGACCUUUCCAAUAAUACUCGGAAAUCAAUAUCUACAUAUAUAUAAAAUAUGAAGAUAGUAAUAGCGCUGGUAGUAUUCAGUUAUAUAGGUCGCGUAGUUGGUCAAGACGGAAGCGAUCAUGAUGAAGAUGAUUUGGACAAUCCGUAUUAUUUCAAUUUUGGUAGCGAGACGACAAUUUGUCCGCAAUCCGCCAGCUGCUUAGAUGGCAAACCUAAUUUCCUCUGCGCCAAGGAUCCGAUGAAAGCGUCACCAAAUUGCAAACGCUUUGUGCUCGUGCCCAUUACCCGAAAGUCCCGCUCGAAUAUGGUGCAUGUGCACAACGGAUUACGCAACAAAGUGGCCUACGACAAGAAGCUCGCUAAUAUGAAUCUGGUCUAUUGGAAUAUGCACUUGCAGCACAUGGCCGAGCAGUAUUUGCAUCUGUGCCGGCCGUACCGGGACACCUGCUUGAUUAUCGGCCUUAACGGCUAUCGUGUGGGUCAAAACACGGUGUUUGUGCCCCGCCAGCAUUUCGCGCUGCUCAAUGAAUGGGAGGGAAGAACGGUACGACAAUGGUUUUUGGAAUUGGGCAGAAUAAAAAUCACAUCGCAUGAUUUAGUCACGGAGCAGCUUAAAGGCAAAAUGGGUAACUUAACCCAGUUAAUCUGGCCGAGCUUAGAAUUUAUUGGCUGCAGUGCAGCGAUCAUGUUUAAGGGCCUCUUCAUCGUCUGCUAUUAUUAUCCGGCCGUCAAUGAAAGCCUCAAAGCGCAGUUUACUUAUUUGAAGGCAGACGAGAGCUGCGUCUGUCCCAAAAAUCGAUACGCGUGCUCCCUGCUUUUCACCAGCCUCUGCGGUAUUGAUAUUGAGGUGGGUGGCGCCUUGAUAACUGACUUCAAUGCAUGGAACAUGUUCUUGUUAUUGUUUAUAUUACUUAUUUUGUAUAAUUUCCGCUUUUCUCGUGUAUAACAAAUUGAAUCACUUUGACAUAGAAUGGGAUUACUUUUGCUUCUGUCAAAGUUUGUUUAAGAGGUCCGCAGAUCAAACAGAGGAUCUCAAUAUCUUCCAUAUUCUCUAGAGAUUUUGAAAUGAAAGCUUGCCAAUGUAGUUCUGUGUUUAUUCUCAAUAAUCUUGCCAUUGGCAUAUCUUUAAACUUUUCUAAAUUACUUAAUAUUAUAAUUCUCAACCAGUUUGAACAAAAACUUACCCAAUCUCCAAUUGAAACUAACUGAGCAUGGCUUCUGCUAACAAUUC